GGCCCCCUUCCCGGGGCUGGCGCGAGCCCUGUACGAGUUUCGGGGCAGGAACCCCCAGGAGCUGAGCGUCAGGAUGGGGGACACGCUGCAGGUCCUGGACCAGCGGAAGAAGUGGUGGCUGGUGCAGGACAGCCAGGGGGAGAAGGGCUACGUCCCCAGCAACAUCCUGGAGCCCCUGGGGCAGGGCCCCCCCAACCUGCACCCCAACUCCUCGCCGGCGGAGGUGACGGCCUGGCUGAAGGACAAGGGCUUCUCGCGGGUCACGGUGCGAUGCCUGGGGGUGCUGACGGGGCACCAGCUACUGCAGAUGAGCCCGGAGGAGCUGCGAGCCGUCUGCCCCGAGGAGUGGCGGCGAGUCCUCUUCAAGCUCUCCUCCGUCAGGACAUCCCUGGGGGUGAGGGAC